GCUCCAUUUGCGCUAUAAUUUUAAUGAAAUGAAAUCUCUUUGGUUUUUUCUCUCUCUCUUUCUCUGUUAGUUUCAACAAUGGAAUUUUUGCAGUGACGCUCGGAUCCACGUUUCUCGAUCUUAGCGAUGAUAAGCUAUUGUCUCUCAUUCUCUACUUCUCCUCCUGUAAUCUCCAACGCUGCUGAUAUAUUCUCUCUUUGCUGUGACUGGUUGUAUGUAAUCUGAAAAUUUUGAAGAAUUAGAGGUGCUGGUUUGUGAUUUUUGAGUGUGCGAAUGAUAAUGACUGCCAGGCAGCGUCAAACGGUCCCGCUUUCUGUUCUGCUAAAGCGAGAAUUGGCAAAUGAGAGGAUUGAAAAACCUGAGUUAUCGCAUGGGCAGGCUAGUCAGAGUAAGAAAGGGGAGGACUUCACGUUGAUCAAGACCGAAUGCCAAAGAGUUGUUGGCGAUGGGGUUAGCACAUAUUCUGUUUUCGGGUUAUUUGAUGGACACAACGGGUCUGCAGCAGCAAUAUACACAAAAGAGAAUCUUCUAAACAAUGUCAUAAGUGCCAUUCCUGCUGAUCUUAACAGAGAUGAAUGGGUAGCAGCAUUGCCAAGGGCUCUGGUUGCAGGCUUUGUAAAAACAGAUAAAGAGUUUCAAGCAAAAGCACAAACAUCAGGAACAACUGCCACCUUUGUGAUAAUUGAAGGAUGGGUCAUAACUGUUGCAUCUGUCGGAGAUUCCAGCUGCAUUCUUGAAUCUGCUGAAGGUGAUAUCUAUUACUUGUCAGCAGAUCAUAGGCUUGAAUGCAAUGUAGAAGAGAGGGAGCGUGUUACUGCCAGUGGGGGUGAGGUAGGGCGACUUAAUACUGGUGUUGGUGCAGAGAUUGGUCCUUUGAGAUGUUGGCCUGGUGGCUUGUGCCUUUCACGAUCCAUUGGAGAUGUGGAUGUAGGCGAAUUCAUUGUUCCUGUUCCUUACGUGAAGCAAGUUAAGUUAUCUACAGGGCGUGGUAGGCUUAUUGUCUCGAGUGAUGGUGUUUGGGAUGCUUUAUCUGCCGAAAUGGCUGUUGAUUGUUGUCGAGGGAUGCCUGCAGAAGCCGCUGCUGCACAAAUUGUCAAAGAAGCUGUACACAUGAAGGGACUUAGAGAUGAUACAACCUGCAUUGUGAUUGAUAUAUCACAACCAGAGAAACCAGCUGGUCCUGUGCCAGCACCAAAAAAGCAGGUGAAGGGAGUGCUUAAGUCCAUGUUUCGCAGAAAAUCAUCUGAAUCAUCCUCUAAAGUUGAUAAAGAACAUCUUGAGUUAGAUGUGGUAGAGGAAUUAUAUGAGGAAGGAUCAGCCAUGCUUUCUGAGAGGUUAGAUACAAAGUAUCCACUUUGCAACAUGUUUAAGUUGUUCACAUGCGCAGUCUGUCAAGUAGAGAUAAAACCUGAAGAGGGUAUUUCAAUACAUGCUGGCUCAACUAAUUCAAGAAAGCUGCGUCCCUGGGAUGGUCCUUUCCUUUGCUUAAGUUGCCAGGAGAAGAAAGAAGCCAUGGAAGGAAAGAGACCAUCCGGAGAUAGACAUAGUAGCGAAAGUGACUAGCUUGCCAUCCUUGUAUUUGUGUUUCUCAAGCACUAGCAAUUGUUUCAAAGGUCAACAUAAAUGGGAAGAUGGAACCUUUUCACACUCAUAGCCCUGGUUUGAGCCAUUUAUGUUCAAGCUUGCAUUUGGACCUCUUGCAAUUUUUUCCUUGCUUCAAGUCAGAAGACCAGAGUUAGAGCAAUGCACAAUUUUAAAAAUUUGUUUCUGACUUGAGGAGUAAUAGCUGUUGUGGUUGCCACCUCAAAGAUUCGUGCAAGACUUUGAUAAAGCUUGCCAUUGCAUAGUAACACGUCAGAGCUUAUUUGUUUUCCCAUAUGAAUCAAUUCUUGUCCAAUUUGUAGAGCUAACAUCAAGUCAUAACGACCUUCAUGUGUAAUAUUGUUAUAUAGGGAGUUUGAGGGUUACUCAAUGCUAGUUCAUUCAAAAUGAGGCAAAACCUGUGUUAGCAACCUGCUGUAUGAAUAUGUUCGUGUAGUAUUUUAUUGAACCUUUAUUUUGUCAAGCAGCAAUGUGAACUUGAGAAAUAGAAAAAUUGGCUUUGUUC